CACGUGACCGGAAGUCGUAUCAGUUUCCGGAGCACGGCAGAUGUCAUCAUGGCGGCGCUGAGGCAAAUUAUUCGAGCGGGACAGUUUCAGGGACGCCUUCCCCGGUGGACUCCGCUCAUCAGAUCCGUGUCGUCGGCCCCCGUUCUGCAGGCUGUGAACACCCAGGUGGAGCCUGUGAAGUCGGAGGGAGCCUUCCAUGUCACCAUGAUCCCCGGAGACGGUGUGGGGCCCGAGCUCAUGCACUCUGUGAAGGAAGUGUUCAAGGCGGCCGACGUUCCGGUGGAGUUUGAUGAGUUUCACCUGAGUGAGGUGCAGAACAUGGCGUCUCCUGAGAGGCUGGACGAGGUGCUGGCCUCCAUGCAGGCAAACAGAGUCGCCAUCAAGGGUAAGAUCCACACGCCUAUGGAGUAUAAGGGCGAACUGGCGUCAUACGAGAUGCGGCUCAGGAGGAAACUGGAUCUGUUCGCCAACGUGGUUCACGUUAGCAGUCUGCCCGGAUACAAGACCCGGCACAACAACCUGGACCUGGUGAUCAUCCGGGAGCAGACGGAGGGCGAGUACAGCUCCCUGGAGCAUGAGAGCGUCAGUGGGGUCAUCGCGUGUCUGAAGAUCAUCACCCGAGAGAAAUCCAACAGAAUCGCCAAGUUCGCCUUUGAUUAUGCUACAAAGAAAGGGCGUUCCAAGGUCACGGCCGUGCACAAGGCCAACAUCAUGAAGUUGGGGGACGGCCUGUUCCUGCAGUGCUGUCAGGAGGUGGCGGAGUUGUAUCCCAGAAUCCAGUUUGAGACGAUGAUCAUCGACAACUGCUGCAUGCAGCUGGUGCAGAACCCUUACCAGUUCGAUGUGCUGGUGAUGCCAAACCUGUACGGCAACAUCAUAGAUAACCUGGCGGCGGGGCUUGUGGGCGGAGCGGGCGUGGUCCCAGGGGAGAGCUACAGCGCAGAGUACGCAGUGUUUGAGACGGGUGCCCGUCAUCCCUUUGCCCAGGCCGUAGGCAGAAACAUUGCCAACCCGACCGCCAUGCUGCUGACCGCCACCAACAUGCUGCGCCACCUGAACCUCGAGUAUCACUCCAAUCUGAUCUCUGACGCCGUGAAGAAGGUGAUCAAGCAGGGGAAGGUCAGAACGCGAGACAUGGGAGGCUACUCCACCACCACCGACUUCAUCAAGGCCAUCAUUGACCACUUGCAUGCUCGCUACGCGUACUAGACCGUGACCAGUCCAUGUGUAUAUACCCUGGUGGUGCGGACAACAGACAUGGGAGGAUAUGCGACAUCGCUGGACUACACGCAGGCCGUGAUCGCCAACCUCAACUCCUAAAGUGACCCCUGCUUCUUCAUGAUCCUCAGAGAGGAAUCCACCUCGCUAUGCUGUGGUUGUGUCAUACGUUACCUGUGUGCUUCAGAUUACAUUAGGACGCUGUCACCAUUGUACAGAUGCUCAUCGCUACUGGAUUUUACUAUGCGCCUGUCCCCAGAGCUAAUAUGUGGGAACCGCUAUGGGCACGGGUUAUGGGCAGUACACUGAAGGUACCAGUGUGUGUAUGGGAUGCCUGCAGUAUAGUCAAGGAAAGGUUAUGGGCACUGGAUCUGCAGACUGUACUGCACUGGGGGUAUGGGACAUACAGAAUACACUGACGGUACCGCCAUGGGCACUGGAUCUGCAGACUGUACUGCACUGGGGGUAUGGGAUAUACAGAAUACACUGACGGUACCGCCAUGGGCACUGGAUCUUCAGGCUGUACUGCACUGGGGGUAUGGGACAUACAGAAUACACUGACGGUACCGCCAUGGGCACUGGAUCUUCAGGCUGUACUGCACUGUAAGUACCACUAUGGAAAUAAGAUGUGCUGGAUGCACUGACGGUAAUGUCAUGGGAUGUGUAUAAUUUACAGUAGGCCUGCAAUAUAUUUAAGAAAAGGCCAGGGGCACUGGAUCUGCAUGGGUACAGGAUAUCUAGAAUGCACUCCCCUAAAGUUACCACUAGGGGCACUGUAUCUGCAGAAUGCACUGAAGGUACCACUAAGGGCACUGGAUCUGCAGAAUGCACUGAAGGUACUUCUAGGGGCACUGUAUCUGCAGAAUGCACUGAAGGUACUUCUAGGGGCACUGUAUCUGCAGAAUGCACUGAAGGUACCUCUAUGGGCACUGGAUCUGCAGAAUGCACUGCUAUAAAGGGACCUCUAUGGGCACUGGAUCUGCAGAAUGCACUGCUAUAAAGGGACCUCUAGGGGCACUGGAUCUGCAGAAUGCACUGCUAUAAAGGUACCUCUAGGGGCACUGGAUCUGCAGAAUGCACUGCUAUAAAGGGACCUCUAGGGGCACUGGAUCUGCAGAAUGCACUGCUAUAAAGGGACCUCUAUGGGCACUGGAUCUGCAGAAUGCACUGAAGGGACCUCUAUGGGCACCGGAUCUGCAGAAUGCACUGAAGGGACCUCUAUGGGCACCGGAUCUGCAGAAUGCACUGAAGGGACCUCUAUGGGCACCGGAUCUGCAGAAUGCACUGAAGGUACCUCUAGGGGCACUGGAUCUGCAGAAUGCACUGAAGGUACCUCUAGGGGCACUGGAUCUGCAGAAUGCACAGAACUCGAGGUACCGCCAUGGGCCAAUCAAUAAUAGAAUAUACUGUAGGAAUAGCGCCUGUGCACUGGUUGUAAUGCAGAUUUAUCUACAAUAAAGUUGUGCCGUGUGUGGA